UCUUUAUUAAACGGAAGUUGAUUUUCCCGGCAUACUUACCAUGAGAAAUGGCGCUAACCAUGUAACUUCUGAAUAGGAGUUAGAAAGAUAACAUCGGCGUAUUAUUACAAGGUGAUAAACAAUGCCACAACCGGCAUUAAGUAAAAAGUUGAAAUCUAAGCAGAAAGGGACAAAUGGAAAGCAGAUAACAAUCUCCAGGUUUUUCGAUGCAAAACAUGCAACGAAAAAUAGAGAAAACCAAGAUGCUGACUGCAAAACGAGAGAUUCCAAGAAUGUAUCUUCUCAGUCAAAGUCUAACUGUAAUUUUGAAGCUGCGAAAAAAAGGAAAGUCUCGCAUAAUGAAGAUACCACUGGGACAUCUUCAGAUUUUGGCAAGAAAUUAAAAUCAUCUCUUAGUUCAAAGAUACGCCUUGGCCUCCAUGAAGAAACGCAAUCAAAACUGAAUGCUUUUUCCUUGUCUACUUCACAUGAUAAAAACAUUGACUUGGAAGAACUUAAAAAUAGAUUUGCAAGUGGCUUACCUGAUCUAGAUGAACAAAAUGACAAUGUAGCAAAAGACAAUGAUGCUGAAAUGUAUGUGGAUCCUGAAGAUGACAAAACACCUGAAGCAGAAUGUAAAGAGAGCUCAGCAAAAGUCAAGACAGUAUCUCAUGGCAGUGACAAGUUAAAAUCUUUUCCAACAAUAAAAUAUACACCUUUAGAACAACAAGUUGUUGAUUUGAAAGCAAAAUACCCUGGUACUAUCUUGCUCAUUGAAUGUGGUUAUAAAUACCGAUUUUUUGGUGAAGAUGCUCAGAUUGCUGCAGAUGUUUUAAAGAUCACCUGUAAUCCAGACCAUAAUUUUAUGACUGCCAGUAUCCCAACACAUCGUCUGUUUGUCCAUGUUCAACGCCUUGUCACUGCAGGCUACAAGGUUGGUGUUGUUAAACAAACUGAAACUGCUGCACUCAAAGCUGUUAGUGACAAUAAAAGUUCAGUUUUCAUGCGCCAAUUAACUGCACUUUAUACAAAAUCAACAUUAAUUGGUGAAGAUGUUGCUCCACUUAAUGAUAUUGCCCGCAGUGAUGAUACUGAAGCCAAUAUAUCUCAAUACUUGAUGUCUAUCUUUGAAACACCUUGUGAAGAGAAUAAAAAAUCAAAUGAAUCUCUCAGCAUUGGUUUUGUGGCUGUUCAACCUGCCACUGGAGACUUCAUUUAUGACUGUUUCACUGAUGUGAUCAGUCGAAACCAACUUGAGACUAGAAUCACGCAUAUCCAACCAGUGGAGAUAUUACUACCACCAACACUCUCAGAAGCAACAGAACGUUUACUCAAGGACACUUCUGUUCUAAGCUCUUCAGCUGAUGACUGUAUCAGGAUUGAGAGACUUCCAGAAAAAAAAUUCGUUUACCAGCAGGCAUUUGAAACUGUCAGUAAUUUCUAUGGAAAUGAUCAUACAGUUGGUGGAGUCAUUCGUUUACAAGAUGUGAUAGGAUUACCAUCAACUGUGAUAAGUUGUUUGUCUGCACUUAUAUCUUAUCUCACUGAAUUCAAGUUAGAGAGAGUUCUAAAACUUAGUAGUGGUUUCAAAUGUUUCUCUCUGGAAUCAUCUUACAUGAAGCUUCCUGCCAAAUCUGUUCAAAAUUUGGAGUUGUUAAAGAAUCUCACCAGUGGUAAAUCAAAAGGAAGUUUAUUCUGGGUUCUCAAUAAGACAUUGACUAAAUUUGGAGAAAGGAGACUCCGCUCUUGGGUUUGUAAUCCCUUAAUUAAAAAAAGGGACAUUGAUGAACGCCAGCUUGCUGUUGAAGAACUUUCGUCUAACAAAUGCGAAUGUUUUGAUGCUAUGAAAAAGUGUCUUUUCAAGCUUGGUGAUCUUGAGAGGGGCCUUACUGCAAUACUGCAUAAAAAGUGCUCACCCUUGGAAUUUGCAACAGUUUGUCUUUCAUUGAAGAAUAUAGCUAGUAUAUUCCACACUCAAAAGAAUAUGUUUGCAGACAAGAUUGCUUCUCCGUUACUGCAGACAAUCCUACAAGAGAUUCCUGACUUACUGUCUGAUGUGGCAUUCUUUAGUGAUUCGGUCAGCCUGCAACAUGCCAAGUCUAAUGACAAAACCCAGUUAUUUGUUGAUGAUUCCCAAUUUCCUGCCAUCAAAGACCAAAAGUCUAAGAUUCAAGAAGUACGAAAUGAAAUUGACCAACAUCGCAGUAUGAUCAGGAAAAUUUUGAGAGUGCCUUCCUUUAACUAUAUCACUGUUUCUGGGACUGAGUUCCAAAUUGAAGUCAAAAACAAUAUGUUGAACACAGUUCCAUCAGAAUGGAUUAAGAUUAGCAGUACCAAAACCGUUUCUCGUUUCCAUUCACCUUUCAUUCAAGAAAAAUGUAAACUUUUAAAUCAACACAAAGAGCAACUUGAGAUUGUCUGCAAUGAUUCUUGGAUUGAGUUUCUCAAUUCCUUCCAAGAAAGAUACCAAAAUUAUCGCAAGGCAGUGUCACAUCUUGCUGUAUUCGACUGUCUCCUCUCUCUAGCUAAGGUAGCAGAACAAGAUAAUUAUGUGAGGCCCCAAAUGGUUGACAACGAAAACUGUAUAAUGAUAGAAGAUGGCUGUAAUCCCAUAGUGAACUUGUUACUAAGUGAACACCAGCAAUAUGUUGCGAAUGAUACCAAUUUGAAUGCUGCAAAACAUCGAGUUAUGAUGAUAACAGGUCCUAAUAUGGGUGGGAAGAGCUCCUACAUUCGACAAGUGGCCUUGAUUGUCCUCAUGGCUCAGAUAGGUUCGUAUGUGCCAGCCAAAUCAGCAACACUUGGUAUAUUUGAUGCCAUCUAUACACGGAUGGGUGCUGCUGAUGAUAUCUACAGAGGCCGCAGUACAUUUAUGGUGGAGCUACAAGAAGCAUCAGAAAUAAUGAAUUCCGCUACAAAUCGAUCUCUUGUGAUCCUGGAUGAACUUGGACGUGGCACCAGCACACACGAUGGUCUUGCUAUUGCUAAUGCUACUCUUCGUUAUUUUACCGAAGAUGUAAAGUGUAUCACUCUGUUUGUCACUCAUUACCAGUUACUAGGACAGUUUGGAGAUAUGUAUCCUGAUUUUGUUCACAACUAUCACAUGUCUUUCCUUGUCCACUCAAAAUCAAGUGAAAAUGAAGAAUAUGAUGCCUCAGAUGCUGUAACAUUCCUCUACCAGCUUGUCAGAGGAAUGGCUGCUCACAGUUAUGGAUUAAAUGUUGCACGUCUUGCCCACAUUCCACCUGAAAUAUUAGAAAAGGCAAGAAAAAAAUCACAUCAAUUGGAGAACUCCUUGAAUAAAAAUAGAGAACUCAAAUCUGACUUUUUGACCAUCAUGAAGUGCCCUCCAGAAAAUCUUAGCAAACUACUCUCAGAUAUGAUUCCAUCUUUAUGACAGCCAUCUAUUGACAACUUUUUUCAGUUCAUAUAUGUGUAAGUCUGUGUGUGUGUUUAUGUAUAUAUAUAUCAUUCAAUUUUAUAUCCAUUUUCCAUGUUAGCAUGGAUUAGAAAAAUAUGUUAUUGAAUAUGUUAUAUACACAUAUAUGUACACAGACACACGCACACUCAUUUCAUCAUGUUCUUGUUCUUAUGGUGGCUGAGUGUAAUCUUAAUGAAAAAUAAAACCUGUAUAUUGCCUUUUA